CGGAAGUAACCUAGCUGUUUUCAAUGGCUACAGUGAAUCUGCAUGUCGUCCCCUAGACAGCACCGUGACACAAUCUGGAGCUGCAGGAAUCCCUUUUUUAAAGAGGUUUUAAGCCAGCAAUGAUGUCUCUUUUCUUCCGUAAGCAUAAACAGAGCGGGGAGGCCAGAAAGCGGCUUGAAUAUCAGAUGUGUCUGGCCAAGGAAGCCGGAGCAGAUGAUAUUCUAGAUCUCUCAAAAUGUGAACUAUCUGAGAUUCCUGACGGGGCCUUUUCAACAUGUCGGGUUCUACAAAAGAAGGUGCUGAUUCUUCAUAGUAAUUUUUUAACACAGCUGGUGCCCAAAUCAUGCCAACUUCUAGACCUGGCAACAUUAAAGGUUUUAGAUCUCCAUGACAACCAGAUUACAUCACUUCCUGACAACAUUGGUCAGCUGACUUCCUUACGGGUACGGUGAGUGGAACGAAAUAAUCUCGGACACUUCCUGACUCUAUUGGUUGACCUGGUUCAGCUUCAGACCCUUAAUGUGAAAGGAAAUAAAUUAAAACAGCUUCCCCAGACGGUCGGAGGGCUAUGCAGCAUGCGCACCUUAAACAUCAGUGAAAACAGACUGCAGGAGUUACCAAAGGCGCUGGCCCAUAUCCGGACACUAGAGACACUGACUCUAGACAUGUCAGCCAUGACCUUCCCUCCGGAAGAUAUCUGCAAGCAAGGAACUGAGGCCAUCCAACAGUUCUUGUGCAAAGAGCUUGGCAUUGAAUACUGUGCUCCCUCCCAGUAUCUACUCAAUGUACUGGAGAACAACGAAGGAGACAGGCCAGACUGUGUGGAUGGGACGGUAUCGAUGCCAUAUAAAGAGGAUACAGAGUGGCAGAAAAAAUUCUCAGACUAUGAAAAGAGAAAGAACCAGAAAAUGCUGGAGAAACUAGAAUUUGAGCGACUGUUAAACUUGGAACAAAGAGAACAUGCUCAGAUGCUUAUACAGAAUAAUUCCCAGAAGGACGAGAUCCUACAGACUGUGAAAGAGGAGCAGUUCAGGAUGGAGAGGGGUCUGAACGAGCAUCAGCGCCAACUGCAGAGCGAGAGACAACGGCUGCAGGAACAGCUAAAGCAGAUGGAGAAAGGUAUCUCCAAACGCAUCAAAAAUCUGCUAGAGGAGAACCACAGACAGAAACAAAGUGCUUCUGUUCUGAAAUCCCUGGAGGAUGAGAGAAUAAGGAUGGAACAGCUGAUGGCAAUAACACAGGAAGAGAAUGACAACCUGCGGCGAAAGGAGGUGGCCUCGGCCAUGCAGCAAAUGUUGGCAGAAAGUUGCAAGAACAAAAUCCUGCAAAUGGCUUACGAGACUCGGCGUCAGGAGAUGGUUCUCCAGACAUGUUCCAGUUUGGCAGAGAUGGACCAGAAAUUACAGCAAAUCCAAGCAUGGCAGCAACUGGAUCAGAGUAAAGCGAUUAGUCAAAUCUUGCAAGAGUCCGAAAUCCAGAAAGCUGCAUUUGAGGCCCUGCAACUAAAGAAAGACUUGAUGCAUCGACAGAUCAGGGAGCAGAUUAAAAUGAUAGAAGUUGAGUUAUUGCAGCUGACUCAGCUGGAGGUAACGAGGAAAGAUCUCGACAACGAGGCACUGCAGGAGGUCAUCUCAGAGCAACGUCAGGCCCUCAGUGAGCUCCUUCAGCAGCUCCUGAAAGACAAGAAACAGAGGGAAGAAGAGCUGCUGGAUGUCUUGAGAGCUAUGGAAGCGAACAAUGAAGCGAAACAAGAAAAUUACUGGCUCAUCCAGUAUCAGCGUUUACUAAACCAGAAGCCACUGUCCCUCCGACUGCAGGAGGAAGGUUUGGAACAAGAGUUAGUAGAGUUGUUAAAGGAACUUUCUGCUGAGAAGUAUCUGCCAAUAUUCGCCCAUCAUCGGUUCUGUCUGGAAAUGCUAGAAAAGAUGACACCGAAUGACCUAAAGAAGAUUGGAGUUCAAGAAGUCGGACUACAGAUUUCCAUCAUUGAAAUGGUAAAGGAGAUCCAGAGACUGAAAAGAGAUCUUCCUAAGACUGUGGAUAAAUUUCGACUUGAGGAGCCUAGCAAACUUCCAGCAAACUUGCCCAGUCCAACGACUCCUACAGCACCCGUAGCGCAGAUGGAGGACAGACAGUCUGAGUGUGUGGUCUGCAUGGAACAAGAGUCUCAGAUCAUCUUCCUGACCUGCGGGCAUGUGUGUUGCUGCGCCCCCUGUGGAGAUGCUCUUCACUCCUGUCCUCUGUGCCGUGGCGAAAUUACCCAACGCAUACGGAUCUACCUCAGCACCUAAGAUAGCAAGACUGCAAGAGUGAGGAGAGCAUGUGGUAUUGCUGAAAACCAUGUGCCAUAACGUGAAGGAAAUGUUUAUUUAAUGGUAUCUGGGUUACUAUUUUCUGUACCCUUUGCUACUUGCAGAACUUCCUGUUUAGUAUCCCAGCACUGUGAAUAAGCGGUUGUAUAAAUGUCUGCUGAGUAUAGCCUUCUGAUACUGCUGGAUAUUUAGAUAAAAUAGAUUCUUUUGUGCGCUUGGCUGUCUCCCCUACCUGGUGUGGUCACAUAUUACAGUAAAUAUAGACACUAUAUGUGUCUGAAGAUGCACCUUCUGCACUUACUGAUGGCUGUGAGUCUGCACUCACGUCUCUCAUUAACUUGAUAUUGCAGUGAGUCUGCACUCACGUCUCUCAAUCAUUUAAUAUUGCUGUGAGUCUGCACUCACGUCUCCCAUUAACUUGAUAUUGCAGUGAGUCUGCACUCACGUCUCUCAAUUAUUUAAUAUUGCUGUGAGUCUGCACUCACGUCUCUCAAUCAUUUAAUAUUGCUGUGAGUCUGCAAUCUUGUGUAUAAUAUUCUAAACGCGACUGUGAGUCUGCUCCAUGUCUGAACUUAAUAUGGCUGUGAGUUUGCACUAGUGUCUAUUUAUUGUAUAAUAUUACACUUCUGUCCUUAAACAAUAAAAAUAUUUAUUUGUGAAAACAGAA